GUAAUACUGAUAUGGUCAUUAGAGUUUUGCUGGAUGCAGGAUUUACAAAUGAUCUUGCCCAGAAUUACUGGAGUAAACUGUCUCUUGAUGGAGUUGUUGCACAAUUUGUUGUUACAGAUGGUGGAAUUACUAGAGUGUUCCCAAAAAGGGCAGGAGAAGAUUGGUUGGAAAAUGCUGAAACUUAUGAAGUCAGCUUCUAUAAACGGAGUUUAGAUAAUGACAACUAUAUCUUCACAGCUCCAUACUACAACAAAAGUGGUGCCAAUAGCUAUGAAACGGGUAUUAUGGUAAGCAAGGCUGUGGAAAUAACAAUUAAUGGGAAGCUUCUGAAACCAGCAGUUGUUGGAAUAAAAAUUGACGCAACCAGAUGGAUGGAAAAUUUCACAAAAACCACAAUCAAGAGCCUGUGCAACAGUGAAAUCUGUGGCUGUGAGAGAAACAGUAUGCAUGUGGACUGUGUUAUCCUUGAUGAUGGUGGAUUUCUUUUGAUGUCAAAUCGGGAUGAAUAUACACAACAGAUUGGAAGAUUCUUUGGUGAAAUUGAUCCCGGCCUGAUGCGAAACCUGAUCAACAUGUCCCUGUAUGCCUUUAACAAGUCAUAUGACUAUCAGUCAGUCUGUGAUCCUGAAGAAGAACCAAAGCAAGGAGCUGGACUUCGUUCUGCUUAUGUGCCUACAAUAACAGAUAUCUUGCAUCUAGGAUGGUGGGCUUCGGCAGCUGCCUGGUCUAUCUUACAGCAGCUGUUUUUGAGCUUGACUUUUCCACGUUUCCUUGAAGCAGCUGAUAUGGAAGAUGAUGAUUUUGGUGCCGCCCUGCCUAAAACAAGCUGUAUCACUGAGCAAACUCAGUAUUUCUUUGAAAAUGAUGAUAAAUCCUUUGGUGGGAUUGUAGACUGUAUAAAUUGCUCCAGACUUUAUCAUGCAGAGAAGAUUUCAAACACCAAUCUAGUAUUCAUUAUUAGUGACAGCCAACUGCUGUGCCGCUCCUGUGACCCAAAGCCACUGAUGCAAGCAGAGAAGCCGGAUGAAGGGCCAAAUCCUUGUGAAAUGGUCAAGCAACCUAGAUACAGAAAGGGUCCUGAUGUCUGUUUUGAUGAAGCCAAACAGGAGGACUCUGCCGACUGUGGUGGUGCCUCUGGUCUGAGUCCAUCACUGUGGUCUAUGGUAGGAGUUCAGCUGGUCCUGCUUUGGCUGUUAUCUGGCAGCAGACACUGCCAGUUAUGACCUUGUGAAACCAAAACCUGCAUAACUUAAUCGAGACUCGGCCAAAAUGCCAGCCUCAGUUUCAUUUCAAAAGGGUCAGCUCUUCAGAGAGCAGCAGAACAGCCGUGCUCGUGUCUGGCUGCCCCUCGCUGUCAGACGCAAAGGCCCCACAGUGGCUGC